AUGAUUGAACGAAUAGCCGUUCACAUCAGCGAUUUUUCGGUUCGUUUGCCAUGCAACAUAAAAGCACUGUAUCAGUAUUGCCCAAUUCCGGCCAUCGAUUAUCCACAACUGGAUGGCGAACUGUUCUGUCACGUUACUUUCCUGCGUUCCUGCUUAGCAGCUUGGCUGGAUGAAAUCGACAAGAAACCUCCAGCAAUGUCUUUGGAGCAGGCAUGUGCAACACUGCAGCUGUCCAGUGAUGAAGCCACAUGGACGGAUAAAGCAGUUGUUCGGCGUGCAUAUUUCAAAUUAGCGCAGAAAUAUCAUCCGGACAAAAACCCGGAAGGACGAGAACUGUUUGAACAGAUCACCGCAGCGUAUGAGCUGCUUUCAUCGAAUGCGCUGCAAUUGGCAUUUGAACGAUGCGUUCCAAUGGUCACUUUGAGUUCCAAAGAAGAUGAUAUGGUUGUACAGCACUUGUUUUUUCAAUUGCUUUUUAAAACAAUGCUUUGUAGAAAUCGACGUGAAUCGUGCUAG